AUGUUCAGGUUCGGAAUCCCUUGCUCCGUGAAACAGGGCACCCGGGCCCAGGACAGCAUCCGCCAGUCGUCGAUAUUGCUGGAUGCGUCUGCUCAGCAAGUGGCCAUGGGCUCCGCCCGCGAGAGAUUGCCUUGGUGGGAGAGGGGUGAGGGAGAACGACUGCUGGCGGUCAUUCAGCAAGCACAGCUGUUGGCAGCAAUUACAGACCCGGCCAUUGUGCAAGGGUUCCGCCAUAGUGCAUUCGUGGUGUAUACAUACUUGAGCAACAAGCUGGAGGGUACUCUGCCAACCAAAGUGCGUGCGCAACAGACAUUCCAGAUGUUGAGCAGCUCGUGCGACAUGGCAGCACCAGUAGACCUAGAAACCCCGCCACAGGUUCAAUGGCCUGCAGAAGGGGGUUCUGGCAGCACUGCCAGCCAAAGCCAGGCCCAGUUGCAGCAGAGCCUGGCAGCCCUGCAGUACCUAUGUAUUGACUCGCGGCCAGGGCAGGAGCCCCUGACAGUCGAGAAGAUAGAAACGGCACACCGCCUGUUGAUGUGGGAUGCGGUGGACGAGGAAGGGGUUCCUCUAGCUGCCGGGCACUUCUGCACUGGGCCUGCGCACUCUGGCUCUGGUUAUGUCUAUCCCGACGCGCGCGUCAUUCCCCAUGCGCUGGAGCAGAUAGUAAAGGAGUACAAUGAGAAGCAGGGCAAGGGGACCGCGUGGGGGGCUGCGGCGGACCUGCUGUACCGGGUGGUGAAAUUGAAAAAGUUUGCCAAUGGGAACGGCCGCCUCUGCCGUAUCCUCGCUGCCUACGCCCUCAUGGCCCACGGCUGCCCGUUCCCGGUCGCCCUGAUCAACGGGCACAGUGGGACCAAGGCGCACUUUAUGCAGUGCAUUCAGCAUGCGGACAACUUGCACGAGGGCAACACCAAGCGACUCAGCCUGUACAUCAUGGAGUGCUUGAGCGUCAAGUAUGCAAACUUCAUCGCGAACGUGAAACUAGAGACAGCUUGCAAGUCGCGUUAA